AAACAAUAACGGAUUAUGUUCUGUUCAGUUCUCAAAUCUUGAAAAAAGGACAUUGUUAUUAAGAAUUCUCUGUAACUUUUGGUGAAGAGUAAAAAUGACGGAUAGUUACGAGAACCAAACUCCUGUAAAGCUUGAGGGGAAGUUUCAAGCAAUGGUUGUUUCCUGUAUUCUUGGAAUCGGAUCUCUCGUUUCUUGGAACACUCUGCUCAGUGUUGGAGACUACUACUACCAAGUUUUCCCGGAUUACCAUCCUUCAAGAGUACUCACAUUUGUAUACCACCCAUUUGCGCUUGGAACAAUCAUGAUUCUUGCCUACCACGAAUCGAAAAUCAAUACUCGAAAACGUAACCUGAUCGGUUACAGUCUAUUCACAGUUUCUAUAUUCUUGCUCAUCGUCUUGGAUUUGACUACAAAAGGACAUGGUGGGAUGGGACCAUAUAUCGGUGUAUGCGGAAUCAUCGCUUUGUUUGGUAUUGCGGAUGCUGUCGUACGAGGAGGAAUGCUUGGAGACUUAUCCUUGAUGUGCCCUGAACUUAUUCAGUCAUUCACGGCUGGUAUGGCUGUAGCUGCUGCUCUAACAUCAGCAUUUAGGCUAAUAACUAAAGCAGCCUUCGAGAAAUCGCAUGACGGUCUACGAAAAGGAGCAAUGAUAUUCUUAGCAAUAUCAACAUUCAUAGAGUUUCUCUGCGUGUUGCUAUAUGCUUACGUGUUCCCGAAGCUUCCCAUCGUUAAGUACUAUAGAAGUAAAGCAGCUUCUGAAGGAUCAAAAACUGUUUCUGCUGAUCUUGCUGCUGCUGGUAUCCAAAAUCAAUCAGUUUUGACUGAUGAUGAUUCAAAGAACCAAAGGCUAAGCAAUAUAGAGCUAUUGUUUCAAAACAUAGACUAUGCAGUGAAUCUAUUCCUCGUCUAUGUUUUGACAAUGUCCAUUUUGCCCGGGUUCUUAUACGAGAACACGGGACAGCACGGGCUAGGCGCAUGGUACGCGCUUGUCCUAAUAGCGAUGAACAAUUGGUGGGACUUGAUCGGGAGGUACGCACCGCUGGUUAAAAGGUUGAAGAUUGAGAAUAGAAAAGGAAUCACGUUUGCGGUUCUGGCCCGUUAUGUACUUGUUCCGGCGUUAUACUUCACCGCAAAAUAUGGUGAUAAAGGAUGGAUGAUUAUGCUCAUUUCUAUAUUUGGAAUGACUAAUGGACAUCUCACUGUUUGCAUUCUCACCACAGCUCCUAAAGAGUACACGGGUCCCGAAAAGAAUGCGUUAGGGAACUUGCUGGUGAUUUUUAUAAUAGGAGGAGCGUUUGCAGGAUCUGGUCUUGGUUGGUUAUGGCUUAUUGGUAAGGAAAAUGCCUUCUGAGUUCUCAU